UCCUAACAACCUCUGUCUCUCUCACACACACACACACACACACACACUUACACGGGCUAUAAGCGGUCAGAAACUCGACAGCAAAAGCAGUUCAGCGGUGAAGACAGAGGUUGUUCAUUUGUAGCUCGGUGACUACAGUUACAGCAGGAUGGUGGCUCGUGAGGAAAAGACCACCUGUGGAACAGUAUGCCUAAAAUUCCUGUUGUUCAUCUUCAAUCUGAUUUUUUGGUUGUCUGGAGGUACUGUGAUGGGAGUGGGACUCUGGACUCUAGUGGAUAAGAGUGACUACAUUAGUCUACUGUCUUCCAGUACAUAUUCAUUUGCUGCCUACAUCCUAAUCGCAGCAGGAGCUGUUGUCAUGCUCACCGGAAUCCUCGGAUGCUGUGCCACUAUUAAGGAGAACAAAAGACUUCUGAUAGUAUUCUUUGUGCUGCUGCUGUUGAUAUUCCUGCUGGAGAUUACUGCUGGAGCUUUGGCAUAUUGGUAUUUUCAAGAGUGUUUUCCUUUCUGCAAUAAGUUGAAUGAUGAGCUAAGAGUGAAUUUGAAGGAGACCAUGGUGCAGAAAUACCAGCAGCCUCAUCAGGAGCACAUCACCAGAGCUGUGGACAAACUCCAGCAGGAUUUGAAGUGCUGUGGCAGUAACAGCUCGGCAGAUUGGCAGGAGGGAGCCUGGAUACAAACAUUUGCUGACAGACGGCUUGUGCCUGACAGCUGCUGUAAGACCCUUACUGUUCGUUGUGGAGUGAGAGACCACCCAUCCAAUAUCUACAAAGUGGAGGGUGGUUGCAUUUCUAAAUUAGAGGACUCUAUUCUUCAGCAUUUGCUGAUAUUAGGUGGUGUCGGUAUUGGAAUUGCAUUCCUGCAGAUUUUAGGAAUGCUCUUUACCUGCUGUCUAUAUCGAAGUUUAAAAGAGGAGCCUUACUAAGACCUUGCAUGCUGUAUUUAAAUACCAAAACACUCACAAACACACACACACACACACACACACACACACACACACACACACACACACACACACACACACACAAAGUGGUAACACAUUUUACUUUUGACUUUAUCUUUCUGUUGUGCUGCUAUGCAAUGUAAAUAUUUUAUGUAAAGUGGUUAAGGACAGCAGACCAUAGCAAUAUAUUUUGGCUGCAGGGCAGUCAUUUGCAAAUAGAGAAGUAUAUUAAUGAUUUAAACGUUCUAUAAGGGUGUGGCCUACAAUGAACCAAUUUGGUUCAUCUCAUGAUAUCGGUUCAUCUUGGUUCAUCCUACUGACUCUGUGUUGAAGUGCACGAUCGUGAUUGGAUGAGAUGUAAUUCAUUAUUAUUGCUGCAUUAUUUGUAUUAGUUCCUAUAUAUCAGUCUAUUGUAAAAAAAAAAAUUACCUUGCUAAAAAACAUGUCUCGGAUCUCGACCUGACUAGCUACAGGUUUUCAAAAGCACAACUAAGCCAAGCUCUAAAUGCUGUAAAUUUUUGAUCAUUAAAACAAAAUUAUACUUGUCUCUGAUGCAUUAGUGGUAAGAGUAGACCAUUUCGAUUGAUUUGCAUUUCUGCAUUUAGCAAGUCUGACCAGCUCGGCCUGGUCCAUAGUUUGACCAAGAUUAAUUUUUCAGCAAAAUAAAUUAAAAGCUGAAAUAAUAGCCAGAUUAUACAUUGCCAUGCACUGCUACCUAACUAUAUUUAAAAUGUAUUUUUAAAUUAAUGUGUAAACUGUAACUGAGUAUAAGUAUAAAAAUCAUUAUUUCAUAAGAUGUAUCAUUGGUAUGUAUCCUGUCAGUUGAAUACAUUUUGUUACAUGAAUAAAUGUAAUGUAAUUCAAUCUUGAUUAUAAGAUAGAUGUGGAUCAUGCUUAGAGUGGAUUUUAUAGUCUUUCAGCCUCCUGACAAAUCACCUGACCAGCCAAUAUUUCAACCACAGCGCCACCUGGUGGCUCUUUUGCGCCUUGCCCUACUUAAAGCACGACGUGACUGCAAAAAAAAGGGUCCAGGUUUUCACAAUUCGUUUUAAUACAACGUCCAUAUUUUUUUAAGGUUCACUAGAUCUAUUAGAUUGUGCAGUAUGAACACCAAAAUGUGUGCAAAGUGUGUUUGGACAAGUUUUUUUAUACGUAACCGGAACUACAUCUAUGAAUCCAGUUUCGAGACGGAGCAUUUAGUUGGCGGCACCAGCUUUAAUAAACCUGUAUUUGCCAUUUGUAUAAAGCUAUGAAUAAAUCCAGCUGUUCUUUCA